CUUUUAUAUAAAACCUCAAUCAUUCAAAUUUCUUUGACCCUUCUUUUUUGCUCUUUCUUUCUCUCUCCUCUUCUGCCUUUUUACCGGCGAUUUCCCAGAUCUGCGAACUCCACCUGCUCAAUUCACGAUCAGAUCAUCUCUGCGACUGUAGAACCAGAGAAGAGAAAGGGGGAUUAAUAUGGAAGAACAGGGCUUGGAAGGUGUUCAACCUGUGGAUCAGUCCAAACAUCCAUCUGGGAUCAUCCCUACUCUCCAGAACAUUGUAUCAACUGUCAACUUGGACUGCAAGUUGGAUCUUAAAUCCAUUGCGUUGCAAGCUCGUAAUGCUGAGUAUAAUCCAAAGCGUUUUGCAGCAGUCAUUAUGAGGAUAAGGGAGCCAAAGACAACAGCCCUAGUAUUUGCUUCUGGAAAAAUGGUAUGCACUGGAGCUAAGAGUGAGAAUGAUUCAAAAUUAGCAGCUCGUAAGUAUGCUCGAAUUAUUCAGAAGCUGGGAUUCCCUGCCACAUUCAAGAAUUUCAGAAUCCAGAAUAUAGUGGCAUCUUGUGAUGUGAAAUUUCCUAUUAGACUGGAGGGGCUUGCAUACUCUCAUGGUGCCUUUUCUAGUUAUGAACCAGAACUAUUUCCUGGGUUGAUCUAUCGAAUGAAACAACCAAAGAUUGUGCUGCUUAUAUUCGUCUCAGGAAAGAUAGUUCUGACAGGAGCUAAGGUGAGAGAAGAGACAUACACUGCCUUUGAGAACAUAUAUCCAGUGCUUACUGAGUUUAAGAAAAGCCAGCAGUGAUUAGUUGAAGUUGCUGACUGCUUAGCAUGACAAGCACAUUUCGUCAGGCAAGCUGUAAAUAGAUGCGACAUGGAGCACCUAGUUUCUGUUAAUUAGAAGAUAAUGAAGAAUGAUGAUAAGCCACAAAACCAUAAAGUGUGAAGUUUUAGCCUGAUUGCCUAGUAUUACUCUAUAGAACAUCUGAAUUUUGUUUUGAACUUCUUUCUGAAUUCUGAAUCCUGAAUAAUAAUAAUAUGGAACUGUUUGGAUUA